GUUCAACUGAAUCGACGCAAGCGUUGCAGCACGCGCAGCAGCUCCCUAUUCUGGGCAGCAGCAAAACCAAGAGGCGGCUUCGGGCAGGAAGGGUGUUGUUUCUGCAUACAAGAGGUUCUUCAUAGUGGAAGGGAGCGCGCUGUCAAUGUAGCGACAAACGCUUUCUUGGCUUCCCUGCUGGUGGUCAUUUCGUCCUUUGGAGAGGGCGAACGCUUUCGCUUCUGACUUUUGUUUGAAGGGCGCUAGCGGGUGCGCCUAACAUGCAGGAGUAGGCCGUCGGUUUUGAUAAAGCAGGAGGUUUCAAAAGUUGAGCUGGAAAGCAGGCGGACAUAGACAGUCCUUUUCCUGUGCAGCUGCAAUCGGAGCCUGAUUCUCAUGCACCUAGAAAGCUAGCUGCAGCAUCCGGACAGCAUGGCCACUCGUGUGGAUCCUCCUGAGGGGACCUGUCCUCCUGGGAAGCACCAGUUCAUGCUUUGGAGGACUCUGUUUGAGAUUGACACAAAGUACCAACCAAUCAAACCCAUUGGCAAGGGAGCGUACGGGGUCGUGUGCUCUGCACGGAAUUCAGAGACCGGGGAGAAGAUAGCCAUCAAGAAGAUCAGCAAUGCGUUUGAGAAUGCCACGGAUGCGCGCAGGACCCUGCGAGAGAUUCGGUUGCUGCGGCAUCUCUACCACGAGAACAUCAUCGCCGUGAAGGACAUCAUGAAGCCGCUGGGAAGGCGGACGUUUAACGACCUGUACAUUGUGUAUGAAUUGAUGGACACGGACCUGCACCAGAUCAUCCGGUCGUCCCAAACCCUGACAGAUGAUCACUGCCAAUACUUUAUCUAUCAGCUCCUGCGUGGCCUCAAGUACGUGCACACGGCCAACGUCCUCCACCGAGACCUCAAGCCGAGCAACCUGCUCCUCAACGCCAGCUGCGACCUCAAGAUCUGCGACUUCGGCCUCGCGCGCACCGGCUCCGAGAAGGGCUUCAUGACAGAGUACGUCGUCACGCGGUGGUACCGCGCCCCGGAGCUUCUGCUCUCCCAAGAGGAGUACACGUCGGCGAUCGACGUCUGGUCGGUCGGGUGCAUCUUUGCGGAGCUGCUGGCGCGCAAGCCGCUGUUUGCGGGCAAGGACUACAUCCACCAGCUGAAGCUGAUCAUCGGCGUGAUCGGGUCGCCGGACGAGGACGACCUCAUGUUCAUCCACAGCCAGAAGGCGCGCAGCUACAUCCGGUCGCUGCCCUACACGCCGCGCAUGCCGCUCGCGCGCCUCUUCCCGCGUGCAAACCCCCUCGCGCUCAACCUGAUUGACAGGAUGCUGGUGUUUGACCCCAAGAAGCGGAUUGGCGUUCAGGAGGCACUGGAACAUCCAUACCUUGCCAUGUUGCACGAUGCGGCUGUUGAGCCUUCGGCCCCAGCGCCAUUUGAGUUCGACUUUGAGGAGGAGGAGCUAAAGGAGGCGGACCUUAGAGAAAGGGUGUGGCAGGAGAUGUGCCACUACCAUCCAGAGGCUUUCAACGAAUCUUGACGGUAGGAGGUUCUGGUGGUUAGGAAGCAGUGGGGAGGUUACGAGCCCCACCGUUAAGUUUAUGGGGAUGGCAUUAGGAACAUCCGAUGCCUAUUGCGUUUCCAACAAACGGGUCAUGCAAAGCUGACAAACAAUUUUUGAACUUUUGGAGAUCAACCCGAAGAAGUCUUGAGAUUAAGCAAAAGAUGGUGCAUAGAUCUGUACGUCUUUGAGAUGUUGAAGUUGUCAAUCAGAGGCCAAACCAAAGAAGGUGUCUAUAGGGGCAAAGGAUUGAUAUGACCCCGACUGUAUUUUGAGUUCAAUCUGGACCAGGUGUUUGAGAUGCUCUUGUACUUCCAAUGACAAACUUGCGCUCCGGUUCUCUAUGCAUGAAUUAUUUGUUCCACCAAAGUAAAGUUGAUGAAGUCCCGGUUGAGAAUUCCAGCAGUUGGCACCGUCUGUUGUUGCUUGAG